GCUGACCGGUCUCCGCCGACUCCGCUGCGAGCCCCGGCACGGAUGGCGGCAUUGGGCGCUGACCCGUCUCCGGCGGCUCCGCUGCGAGCCGGGGCAGCGAUGGUGGUGGCGGCGGCGCUCAGGGCCCCGGCACAGGGCUGUGUGACCUUUGAGGACGUGACCGUUGACUUCUCCCAGGAGGAGUGGGGGCUCCUCGAUGAGGCUCAGAGGCUUCUGUACUGCGAUGUGAUGCUGGAGAACUUUGCCCUCAUAGCCUCGCUGGGUCUGACGUCUUUCAGGUCUCACAUGGUUGCCCAGCUGCAGAUGGGGGCAGAGCCGUGGGUGCCUGACAGGGUGGACAUGACGUCAGCCAUGGCAAGAGGGGCGUACAGUGGACUUGUCUCCGGUUUUGGCCGUGGAGCGGAGGGUGAACGUAGUGUGUCUGCAGAAGGAGUGUCACAGGACGGGAAGCUCAAGGUGGCUCUGUGGAACUACUCCUGUGAUGCACGUGGCCUGCACAUGAAAGACGUUUUGCACCUGACCGAACACCUGGCAACACAUCCCAGGCAGAAACCAGAUGCGUGUGAGGCAUCUGGGAGAGGGUCAGAGUCCAGUGCAAACCUUCAGCAGCAGCAGAACAUAGACAAGCCUGUCAGAAGGGAUGAGGAUAGGGCCUCCCUUGUGAAGAGCUGCAGAGAUGACACCUCAAAGGAGCCUUUCAUAGUCAGGGAGGAUGAGAAGGACUUCGGGGGCGGUGUGGCCACAUCUGGCUUUCUCCAGCGCCAGGUCGUUCACAGAGUGGAGGAGCCUCCCCAGAGCACUGGCCUGCAAUGUCGUAACAAGUGCGGUGAAUUUGGGAACGCUUUUCAUGACAAGCCCGCACCUGUUCGGCACCAGAGAACCCACACCGGGGAAAGGCCUUUUGAGUGCAACAAAUGUGGGAUAUUCUUUAGCCAUGCCUCCGGCCUCUCUCAGCACCAGAGAGAUCACAACAGAGGAAAGCCUUAUGAGUGCUGCGAAUGUGGCAAGUUCUUCAGCCGACACUCUAGUCUCAUGAGACAUCAGAGAGUUCACACUGGGGAAAGCCCUUAUGUGUGCAGCGAAUGUGGGAAAUUCUUUAGCCAAAGCUCCAACCUCAUUCAGCAUAAGAGGGUGCACACUGGAGAGAAGCCUUAUGAGUGCCGUGAGUGUGGGAAGUUCUUCAGCCAGCGCUCCAACCUCAUUCAUCAUAAGAAGGUCCAUACGGGCAAAAGCGCUCAUAAGUGCAGAGAGUGUGGGAAAUGUUUCACCUGCAACUCCAGCCUCAUUAAGCACUGGAGGGUUCACACUGGAGAAAGACCUUAUAAGUGCCAUGAAUGUGGGAAAUUCUUCAGCCGCAUCGCCAGUCUCAUCCAACAUCAGAUCGUCCACACUGGUGAACGGCCUUACAGGUGCAGAGAAUGUGGGAAAGCCUUCAUCUGGUGCUCUGACCUCAUGAAGCAUCAGAGAGUCCACACUGGGGAGCGGCCUUAUGAGUGCAGCGAAUGUGGGAAAUUGUUUAGCCAGAGCUCUACCCUCCAUAGCCAUCGGAGACUUCACACAGGGGAACGGCCUUAUCAGUGCCCCGAAUGUGGGAAAUUCUUUAACCAAAGCUCCAGCCUCAAUAACCAUCGGAGGCUUCACACCAGUGAGCGGCCUUAUGAAUGCCUCGAAUGUGGGAAAACCUUCAGGCAGAGGUCUAAUCUGAGGCAACACCAGAAGAUUCACAAACCAGACAGGCCAUAUAAGUGUGGUGAAUGUGGAAAAGCCUUCAGCCAGAGGCCUACCCUCGUCCGGCACCAGAAAAUUCACACGAGAGAAAGGAGUGCAGUGAGUGUGCACCCUCUUCCAGCACAACGAUGUGCACAGGUGAUGAGCUCUGAGAACAGUCUUUAGGAGGGGGCCAUCAGCCAGAGGGUGAACCUUGUUCAUCCCAGUGUCCACAAUGGGCAGAGUCCCUAUGAAUGCUAGUUCUGCCUGAAGCUUUCUGGAACAAAGCAGCAUUUUCCUCACCAUGGACUCUACCAGAGCUUUGCCACUGCGAGUGUCUGAGGUAGAAGCCAUCGAGCUCUGGCAGGUCUCCAAGAAUAUGUGUCAGCCAGUCCCUGUGUUCGGAUCUCUUUCUUUUCUGAGAGGGAAUCCCAAGUAGCCUGAGGCCAAAGGAAGAUGUCAUUCCUUCCCUCUGUGAUCAGCGUAGCUAUGGACAUGACCCAUAUCUUUGACUGUGAAGACCUGAGCUGGGUUCUGCUGGCGGCUUGCAGAGAAGGUUUCCCUUCUUUCAAAGACGUGGCAGAUCUCAUACGAUGCUCAUGAUGGAUUUAUGCAGACUCCACAUUACCCAUCCCAACAAGCACCUACUUUACAUUGCCUUAAUGAUCAAGCCACCUUUAAUCCGAUAUGUUUUGAUCACUGGGAAGUGGGUUGAGAACGCAGUUGAGGUCUACCAAACGAAAAGGGUUUCUAAGUGUAUUGCCUCGGACAAAGAGCAGGAUGGUGGAGAAUAGCUCUCGGUCCAGAUUUGGCCUCCUUUGUGUUGCUAUUCAAGGUCUCCUGGGAAAGAUGGUAGGACUUUGUGGGCCUAAUGUUGGGAUCUGAGUGGCAUGAAUUUUUGUGAGCCAGGGAUGACCCUGAGGACGGGGCAGUUGUGACAACCUCCUCUGCAUCUGGGAGUGGCAUGAAU